AUGUCGUCCGAUUGUGUUCUGCCCCCACGGCAAGAUGCCGACAAUCUUCUCAACAUCUACCGGAAUGUUCAUUACCAGGUUUAUCCCGCUAUUAGCUGGGACAACUUCUUGGUAGAGUUUGCUACCAUAUAUGACGGUUCUGCUCAUCCAAGCAAACGUAGAAUGACCCACUGCCUCGCGAAUCUAGUCUUCGCUUUAGCUGAACGUAGUACGCAUGGCAGCGGCGGGUCGGACUAUUUUGAGCGAGCCAAGAGGCUGCUGCAGUUCGACAUAUUUGGCGACAUCUCAUUCCAAGUCAUCCAGGCCCUCGUCCUCUGCGCGCAAUAUCUCCAGAGUGCCGAGAAACCACGGCAAUGCUGGGUCAUAGUGGGGCUUGCCAUACGAGCGGCUCAGUCAAUCGGGCUUCACCUCGCCGAAGCUGUCAAGAACAUUCAGCCAGAGCGGGACCAGUAUCUUGCGACCAUUGUUUGGAGCUUAGCAGAGAAAGCGGGCUACGCCUUCCAGUGUGCCGCAGCAGACAUGUCAGCGGCUCAACUUGAUUUUGAUGCCGUGGAUUUGGACAACUUUGUGGGGUUCCCAACGGAAGACAAUUGGAGUAGACAGGCCGGAAAGUCUUCCGAGGCAUGGUUUAUCGCGGCCACUGGUGCCGAUCGAUAUGCCCCACAUGGGGAAACCACAGGCCUGGCCAACGAGGCAGCACGAAGUAUUCACCAUGUUGACCUGGACAAGUCUGACGAAAAGCGACUCGGCAAUGCGCGCGAGAAUGGCUACGGCCACAUGUUAACAGAGGAGCAGGAGCUAUUCUUGAGUAGUGUAGAGCCUGCAGAGCAGGACAAAAUCUUUCGCAAGGUUGACUUACACGUCGUGCCCAUGUUAACUCUUCUCUAUCUUGCCUGCCACAUUGACCGCGCCAAUAUUGGAAAUGCAAAGAUCGAGGGCUUAGAAGCAGACCUCAACAUGAAGGGGACGGACUACAACUUAAUUGCCGCAAUAUUCUUUAUUCCAUCUGGUUUCUUCCCAGCGGCAGUCUACCUCAUUAGCAAGUGGUAUCCACCUACCCGAACCUACUGGCGCGUGGCCAUCUUCUAUUCGGCCAGCGCGGCCUCGGGGGCGUUUUCUGGUCUUCUGGCCGCAGCCAUCGCUCAGAUGCACGGCGUAAGGGGUUUCGAAGGCUGGAGGUGGAUCUUUAUUCUCGAGGGCAUUGCUUCUGUCCUAAUCGGCAUUAUGUGCUUUUUCUUCCUACCAGAUUCGCCAUCUUUGUCCAAGUGGUUGACGCCAGAUGAGGCUCGGUUCCUCAAUUUAUUGCACGACGCUACACGAGGCCGAAUCGAGGUGGAAAAGAAGAAGGCAGACACCAGAAAGACCUUGGUCAAGGUUGUCAAGGAUUGGCAGCUAUACGUCCAUGCCCUCAUCUUCAACGGUGUGGGCAUUCCAUUAUACGGAGUCAAGUUUACAAUGCCGCAAAUCGUUAAAAAUAUGGGCUUUACGUCGACUAAAGCGCAACUUAUGACCGCCCCGUACUACCGAUGGCGCAUGCCCUUCAUGGUUGGACCCCAGAUAAUAACACUUGUCGGAUUCGCAAUCCUCUAUGUGGUCUCAGAUAAGCUCAAGGACAACAUUGCAUUAGCGUACUUCUGUCUCUUUAUAGUGUGCGCAGGUACUUAUCCCACCCUCCCAGGUAUCAACUCCUGGUCGUCGGAUAACCUUGCCGGCCCCGCAAAGCGAGCAAUGGGCCUGGGCUUCAUGAUUAUGAUGGGGAAUGUCAGUGGAUUCGGCGGUAGCUACAUUUUUAUCAACUCCGAGGCUCCUAAAGACGAAGAGCUCGAUGAGAUGGGUGACCGCUCACCGCUAUUCAGCAAGUCCACAACGCUGACGUAUAGUCCCGCUCCUCCCGGGACAUGGUCGUCUCCCAUCCACUGCAACAUCGAAACUUACAAGCUUGACGCGUUCAACAUUCCUCCGUACCGCGCAAUCUCGUACGCACGAGUAGAUCCCCAGUAUGAUCUGCUAACCAUCAGCGGCGAGAGAGUCCUGCCGGAGUCAAAUCUCCGGCAGCAGUUCACGUUUCGGCACCCCAUCUACGCUCACGAGAAAACAAUUCUCGUGCCGACCACUCUCAGGGAUGCGCUCAGGCAAAUUCGCCACAGAUAUCUACCAGUUAAGGUUUGGGCCGAUGCCCUCUGCGUCAACUUAGAUGAUAAUGCGGAGCGAGCGGGCCACAUCGCCAUGCUUCCGCGCAUCUAUCAGCGCGCGAGCGGCACAACCCUCUGGCUCGGAGGCCAAGACCCGUCUACGCGCAAGACUAUCGAGACCGUCAAAAACGUAAUGGUAGCGGAAAAGCUCCAACGGGAGAUUCCGCAACUCGACCGUGCCGAAAUCGAGUCCGUGCCCCUGCUUCUGGAAAGACCUGUUUUCCGACGUCUCUGGUGCGUCGGGGAAGCAAUAGUUUCCCUCAGCUCUAUAAUCCUGCUCUUCGGCGACCGCGCGGAGAGUGAGGCCACCAUCACCACCCUGGGUAAGAUCGGUUCUCUAUCGUACACAAAAUUCCGAAAGGCGUGCCGGACGAUCGGAAGGGCGGGACUCAAGUUGGAGCCCGUGAUGGAUGCCGCUGCGCCUUUGGUUUCCUUCGGCCGCGAGUUAGAAAGGGCGUACGGUUCGCUUGACCGCGGAGACCUUUCGCAGUCUCGUCUCGCAUAUGUGCUGCGCGACUUUGAGGUGACAGACCCCCGAGACAAGGUCCUCGCGUUCGGCGGAGUCCCAGAGACCUUUGAUCUAGAGCUGUUCGGCGAGCUUCCGGUGUACCCGACCGCGGAAGAGUUCGGGCAGCUAAAUCUUUUGGGGCCUGUUCUUGGGCGGAAGAUGGCGGCGAACUGGGCCCAGACGAAAUGGGAGGAUCACAUGGGCUACGGUCACAAUAGCUCCGCCAACGGGCGGAUAGAUACUAUACGCGUAUAUGUGGAGGAUUAUUAUAGAGCCGUGCUCGCCCUACUCACGCUCGUCAAAGACAACGCGGUUGGGGAGGCUGGCGUCGAGCAGCCGGUCGAUCGAUCGAGAGCCGACACCCAGUAUGUAGCCAUACGGAGGUUCCUCGAUGGGAUGGCGGACAAGUUCGUGUCCUCGGACGAGCUGGUCACGUACCGCCGUCUCUCGCUGGACGUGGAGAGCGUCCUCGUAGCAUACGACGAGGUGCUCGCGUCCUUCACCAAUGGCAAUUUUGGCCCGGGAAAGUCAGUCUUUCCCGAUAGUUCCAUCACCAUGGUCAAGGGGCUCCUCGGGCAAAUGAUCAGGGCGUGGGACUCUUCGGAUUCUGGCAGCGACGGCGGGUCGGAAGAAAACGAGGCAGGUCACAAACCGAUGAAGCCCAGCCUCGCCGAACGGAUGAAGACCGAUCCGCAUUUAGGAUGGAGCCCCGAGGGUGCCCGCAGAGUUGCGCUUGGCUAUGACUUGUCUGCAGAUGGGGAUGAAGCCACACGAGGCUGGGGGCUUGAGUACAUGGUACCUAGGUCUUCUAAAAAGGCCAACCGGACGAUACGACGGGUGUUCAAGCUCAAGACUACGACCUCCCUGUCGCCGAAGACCGUCGGUCUGCCGUCCUGGGUGCCUGACUACUCGAUCUCGCUGAAGGGAAGAGCUGUCCCCCUCGUGACGCUGCCGAGUCUCAAGGCUGCCAACUUCAAAGGGUGUGGGAGCGACAUACCUCCGAUAGACUGGAGCGAGGAGGAUCCGAACAUUCUGAAACUGUCUGGUCGUAUCGUCGACGCGAUAUCUGCCGUGUCCAUCCUACGGAAGGAAGUCCGUAACUUUGGGCAGCUUCAUGAAGAGUGGAUGGCCAUGAUUGGGAAGACGGAUACUCUUGAAGUAGCAGAUGGAACAGAGAAGGCUGCGCGAGACGAUGAAGACUCCUUGAAGGAGGAGAUCUAUAACCGGAUCUGGAAGGGCAAGAUGAACAUGCCCGACAGUCUACUACCCCCACCCACACCAUCCAACGUAAGCUCGUGGGAAAAGCUGAUUCUCGACAUCACAUCACGGAAGCUCGGCUUUUUCACCGCCAAAGCUCAACUGAAUCAGCGAGAAUUCACGCGACCCCGAUCCGUUAGCGCCAAUAUCCGCGGAGAAAUUGCCUUUAGCAACUAUCACCGCAUGCCUCGGGCGCAUAGAUCAGGUUAG